AUGAAGCAAGAGUCCAGUUUUGGAAGCACCGCUGGCCCACCGAGCACCGCUCGAAGGCUCAGUGAGAUCUCCAUCAUUGCGAGAAGGCGCAAUGGACAGCUACGACUACUGGAAAUGGCUAAGAACAAGGCAUCUUGUGGAUCCCUUCGCCCUGCGCAAGUUGCUGAGAUGGACUGUGGGGAUGGGGAUGGGAAGCAUGGGGAGCCCGGCCUGGUGGAUGAUCUGCGCAGCUUGCUUCGGGAUGCCAUGGAGUGCGGGCUGAUACAUCUGGCAGCGCACUGCGCAGGCAUCCUGGUGCAACUCUUGUGCUAUGGCCCUUCCACUUGGGAGAUGGCUACUUUAGGCGAGGACUUGCAAGACAUCCAAAGCCUCAUCGUGAAGUUGACCGAGGCUGUGAGUGACAACUUGGACGGUUCCCGCGAAGCUCUCAGCAUGGCCACAGCUUAUCUCUCAGCCUUGGCGUGGAGCAUGCAGUGGCGACACUCAGAGGCUUCAUCCACACCCAGUUUGCCCGCAGUGCCGGACCCGCCAGGGCCGCCCGAGCCGACUCAAUCGACAGAGGCGGUUGCACCGCUGCCUUUGCCACGGGCAGAGGUGGAGGAUCCGGCACUAGGCGUCUUGAAGCUGGUGGAUAUCCAGAAGCAACUGGACGAGGAGAUGCAGCAGCGUAGGGCAGCGGAAGAGGCUUUGCAUGUCAAAGAGACCGAGCUUCAGUCAGCCAAGCUCACCAUGGGGAAGUUGAUGGAUGAGAAGAAAGAUCUGGCUCAGCGGAUUUCAGACCUCGAGCCCCUUGGAUGGGCAGAACCUUGUUGGAGAUGUGUCUUUGGAAGGUUGCACAUCCCAAGCUGCGCAGACGUGUGUUGAAUUUCAACCUAAAAGGCUCCUCAAAACCGUUGGACAUUCUUGUAGUUGGCCCCAGGGUCUCCACCGACGGUUAUCGAGGUGAAGAGUGCGAAAGUGGACGAGGGCUGGUAUGAAAUGGUUGAUCCAGA